GCUCUACGGGGUGGAGCGGGUCGGAGCGGCGGCCGAGCGGAGGGAGCGGGGCCCGGUGGGAACAGCCCCUUCCCGCUUGGCUCCGGGCACCGAGUGAUGCUUCAGCUGCCACCGAGCCAUGGCUCUGUGCCAGUGCGCUGUGAAGCACAGCGACUCGGACCCCGACGGCUGCUGCUUCCCACCGAGUGGCGGCGUGAAGGUUUUCCUGCACUGGAGCGGGCAGGAAGAGCGGGAAUGCUGCCACACGUACAGCCAGGGCACGCUCAGCGCCGAGGACAUCUGCAUCGACCUGGCGCGCAGGAUCGGCAUCACGCCGCUGUGCUACAGCCUCUUCGCCCUCUAUGACACCCAGAGCCGAGUGUGGCUCCCACCCAACCACCUCUUCCACAUUGGCAAAGACACCAACCUCAACCUGCUUUUCCGCAUGAGGUACUACUUUCGGAACUGGCACGGGCUGAACGAGAAGGACCCGGCUGUUUACCGCCACGGCCCGCGCCAGAGCGACGCUCCCGACGAGAGGCCCCCGGGAGGAGCUCUCCUCGACAGAGCAUCCUUCGAGUACCUCUUCGAGCAGGGGAAAUACGAGUUCAUCAACGACGUGGCCUCUUUGAGAGACUUCCAGAGCGAGCAGGAGAUCCAGAGGUUCAAGAACGAGAGCCUGGGCAUGGCCGUGCUGCACCUCUCCCACAUCGCCAUCAGGAAAGGCAUCUCCCUUGAGGAAGUAGCCAGGAAAUACAGUUUCAAGGAGUGCAUCCCACGUUCCUUCUGCCGCCAGAUCCAGCAGAACAACUUCCUGACCAAAUUCCGCAUGAGGAACGUCUUCAGGAGGUUCCUGCAGCGCUUCCAGAGGCACACGGUGAGCAGCGGGAAGCUCACGGCGCAGGACAUCAUGUACAAGUACUUGGCCACCCUGGAGCACCUGGCUCCUCGCUUCGGGAGCGAGCUCUUCCCGGUGCUUUCCUUGGAUACCUCCUGCGAGGGGGAGAAGGUGCAGCUCAACGGGACGCAUCCGGAGCACCCGUUGCUCCCUAAGGAGCGGCCGGUCACCCAUGAGGUCCUCAUCACCGGCACAAGCGGGAUCCAGUGGCGGGCAGUGCCCGUGGAGAACACGGAGACCUUCUCCCAUCGGGGCUAUUUUGGGAGGAAGACCCGGAACAAGGAGCUGGAGGCCAAGGGACCGGCUCCGGAGCGGAGCGAUCCGAAAUGGGCCCAUUUCUGUGACUUCCAGGAGGUCACCCACAUCGUGGUCAGGGAGUGCAGGGUCAGCAUCCACCGGCAGGACAACAAGUGCCUGGAUGUGGUUCUUCCAUGCCCUGGGAAUGCUCUCUCCUUGGUCUCCCUGGUGGACGGCUACUUCCGCCUCACGGCUGACUCCAGCCACUACCUGUGUCACCAAGUGGCACCACCACGGCUCGUCAUGAGCAUCCUGAACGGCAUCCACGGGCCCAUGCAGGAGGAGUUUGUCUUGGCCAAGCUGCGCCGGGAGGAGGAGGAAGGGCUCUACAUCAUCCGCUGGAGCGUGCUGGACUUCAACAGGAUGAUCCUCUCGGUGGUCAAACGGGGCCAAGGGCAGGCUCCUGGGGCGCAGGGAAGCCUCAAGUACAGACAGUUCCGCAUCCAGAAGAAAGGCGAUUCCUUCGUGCUGGAAGGCUGGGAGCGGGAGUUUCCCACUUUGCGGGAGCUCCUGGAUGUGCUCAAGGGCUGCACGCUCAAGUCUGGCAAUGAGAGCUUCACGGUGAAGAGGUGCUGCCCCCCCAAAGCAGGAGAGAUCUCGGACCUGCUCAUCAGCAGGAAGGUGAAGGACAGCACGAAGCAGAUCCUCAACCUGACCCAGCUCAGCUUCCACCAGAUCCGCAAAACAGAGAUCACUCAGAGAGCCCACUUGGGCCAAGGCACCCGCACCAACAUCUACGAUGGGGUCCUGAGCAUCAGCGCGGCCCCCGAGGACGAGGCCGAGUACUUCUCCACCGAGCAGAACAACAACAGUCGGGAGAUGCACGUGGUGCUCAAGGUCCUGGACCCCAGCCACAGGGACAUCGCCCUGGCGUUCUUCGAGACCGCCAGCCUCAUGAGCCAAGUGUCCCACGUGCACUUGGCUUUCGUGCACGGUGUCUGCGUGCGGGGCUCCGAGAAUAUCAUGGUGGAGGAGUUUGUGGAACACGGGCCCCUGGAUGUGCUGCUGAGGAAGGAGAAAGGCCGGGUCAGCGUGGGCUGGAAGAUCACCGUGGCCAAGCAGUUGGCCAGUGCCUUGAGCUACCUGGAGGACAAGAACCUGGUGCAUGGCAACGUGUGUGCCAAGAACAUCCUGCUGGCCAGGAAGGGGCUGGAGGAGGGAGCUGUGCCCUUCGUGAAGCUCAGCGAUCCCGGCCUCAGCUUCGCCGUGCUCUCCCGGGAAGAGCGCGUGGACCGGAUCCCCUGGAUCGCUCCGGAAUGCGUUUGGGAUGUGGGAAACCUCAGCACAGCCGCCGAUAAAUGGAGCUUUGGCACCACCUUGCUGGAAAUCUGCUUCGAUGCCGACGUCCCGCUUAAGGAGCGCGCCCCUUCCGAGAAAGAGCGUUUCUAUGAGAAGAGGCAUCGUCUUCCCGAGCCUUCCUGCAGGGAAUUGGCCACCCUCAUCUGUCAGUGCCUGAACUACAGCCCCGGGGAGCGACCGUCCUUCCGGACCAUCCUGCGGGAUCUCACCCAGCUCCAGCCGCACGCCCUUGUGGAUGUCACCGCGGUGAAUCCCGACUUCCCAGUGUCGGAUCCCACUGUUUUCCAGAAGCGUUACCUGAAGAAGAUCCGGGAGCUGGGGGAGGGCCACUUCGGGAAGGUGAGUCUCUACUGCUACGACCCCACCAACGACGGCACCGGGGAGAUGGUGGCCGUGAAGUCCCUGAAGGCCGGCUGCAGCCAGCAGCUCCUCGCCAGCUGGAAGAGGGAGAUCCAGAUCCUCAAGACCCUCUAUCACGAGAACAUCGUCAAGUACAAGGGGUGCUGCAGCGAGCAGGGGGAGAAGAUCGUGCAGCUCAUCAUGGAAUACGUGCCCUUGGGCAGCCUCCGGGACUACCUGCCCAAGCACAACGUCAGCCUGGCGCACAUCCUGCUCUUUGCCCAGCAGAUCUGCGAGGGCAUGGCCUACCUGCACUCCCUGCACUACAUCCAUAGGGAUUUGGCCGCCCGGAACGUGCUGCUGGAGAAUGAGCACGUGGUGAAGAUCGGAGACUUCGGCUUGGCCAAAGCCAUCCCUGAGGGCCACGACUAUUACCGGGUGCGGGAGGAUGGGGACAGCCCUGUCUUCUGGUACGCCGUGGAGUGCCUCAAGGAGUGUAAGUUCUACUACGCCUCCGACGUGUGGUCCUUCGGGGUGACGCUCUACGAGCUGCUGACGCGGUGCGAGACAGGGCAGAGCCCUCCCGUGAAGUUCCUGGAGCUGAUCGGGGCCACGCAGGGGCAGAUGACGGUGCUGAGGCUCAUCGAGGUGCUGGAGCGCGGCCGGCGCCUGCCCAGCCCCAGGGACUGCCCGGCCGAGCUCUACCGGCUGCUGCGGAGCUGUUGGGAAGCGGAGGCCUCGUUCCGCCCGGCAUUCCAGAACCUCGUGCCUGUGCUCCGGAGCUUCCAGGAGAAGUACCGGGCUCAGGCCCCCUCUGUCUUCAGCCUCUGCUGAUGGGGGGGGGACACACACAAUGGGGACCCCCCCUUUGCGCCCCAUAGCACCGCAUUGGGGGGGGUCCCUGGAUCCUGAUGCUGCCAUUCCCGGUAUUCCCGGUGCCGGGAUGAGGCCAAACACUGUGAAUGAGACUGUGGGGAAAGGGGGGUGGGAUGUGCCUAUGGGGGGGCUGGAUCUCCCCCCCCCCCGCCAAUUUGGGGGCCCCCUCCCCAAUGAAUGGGGCUUCAGCAACAGGACUGUGGCACUUUAUUGGGGGGGGGCGCUGCUCUAUGGCCCCCCCCCUUAUUUGUUGCCCCCCCCGGAUUAGGGGGGGGGGUUAUGGGGUGGGGGGGUCCCCCUUUACCCCCCCUCAGGGGGUAGUGACCCCCAAUAAAGGAUGUAAUGGCCCCAACCAGCUCCUCUGUGGCCUGUUGGGGGGUCACGGGGGCCUAUAGGGUGGGAGGGGGGGCUCGAGGGCCCUAUGGGGGGAUCAGGGACCCCUAUAGGGGAUGUUGGGGUGUUUCUAUAGGGGGCCAUAGAGCCCUAUAGGGCCUGGGGGGGAUCAAGGACCCCUAUAGGGGAUGUGUGGGUGUUUCUAUAGGGGGCCAUAGAGCCCUAUAGGGCCGCAAGGUUGGGGGGGGCCUUUGAGACUCAUCCAAUCAGAGCGCGGUAGUCGCAGGGCUCGCCGUCCUCUGUCCAAUCAGAAGGCGGAACGCUAAAUAAAGCCCUUUUCCAUCCAA